AUGAAACGGGGACAAAAGCGAAAACAUUUGGAAAAUAAAGAAUCGCAGCAAAAUGUAGACAAGGGAGGAGGAAUGUCCAAGUCCCCAGAGGAAAACUCUCAGCGUGGAUCCAUGGGGGUGGCCGAGGGCUGGAGCCUGGGCAUCAAGGAUAUCUCUUCAGCCUCCGAAUACUACUCCUGUGUUUCUUCUUCAUGCAAAUUCCUUCAUGGUAGAAUCCGGAGAUUUCAUCAUGGCGGCCCCCAAACUAGAUCCCCCAUAGGCCAGGCUCAGGAACAAGCGGAGAACAAUGUUCUCCAUUUCCAGCACAUCUUCUUGUCCCACUCCUCCUAUAAGACCUGUGUGACUUCUUUAUGUGUUAACAAAGAAGAAAGUGGCAUUAAAAUAUACUACAUGAAGGUGCAAAUGCAGAAAGGUGUGGCUAUCUCUUGGGAGACUGAAGAGACCUUCAUGUCACUUGAAAAGUAUCCAAGAAGAGAAGAAAGGAACCUUCCUGAGGAUGUGGGGGUAUGUAAUACUUCUUCUGACGUGUCCACCGGAAACCUUCUGUCUGACAGCGGGGAAGAAAAAGAGUACGAGGAAAGUACAGAGUCAGACAGCCUGCCAGGGUUACCUGAUGUGGAGGAGAGGCCUAGGGCCAAGACACCUGACUGGCUGGUGACCAUGGAUACUGGUUUCAGGUGCAUGGCUUGCUGCCGGGUCUUCUCCACUUUGGAGAUCCUCCAAGAGCAUGUGCAAUAUGGAAUCAGGGAGGGCUUCAGCUGCCACAUCUUUCACCUCACCAUGGCACGACUGACAGGCAUUGUGGAAUUAAAUUGCACGCAGGAGGAGGAGGAUGAAAACGAGGACGAGGAGGAUGAAAACGAGGACAAGGAGGACAAAGUCAAGGCGGAAGAAGAGAAAGCAAAAGAAAAGGAGACUAAGGAGGAGCCACCCACAGGGGAAACCCUUGGCGUGAUGAGAUCUUUGAGCCAAUGUCCAGGCUGUAUGUUUCAUUCUCCAAAGGACAGGAAGUGA